AUGUCGAAGUCUUUGGCUUGUAAAACCAUUCAUGUGUCACCUGCAUUGGGGCAGUACAACCCCGAUUCUGUGGAGGUGAUCAUGAGCCAAAACGGCUGUGUUCCAAAUGAUCAAAGCCAGAUUUUUGGCACUGAGCUCAACCUGAUGGAGAUGACAGAAGGGGAGUACACCCACCUUCAGCACAUCAUCCAGUCACACAUGGAGGCACAGGCGGCUGGUCCAGAGGGAUCUGGAGAUGCCCGGUUCAACACUACCGUAUUCACUGUGGAAAGCCCCGCACCCCAACCUACGACCACAAACUGCGAAGCAGAAUACCCAGCAAAGUCUCCACCGAACACUCCACCUGAUGUCAUAUCAACUUCAACUGAUGAGCAGCAGUACAUUUUCAGCGACUUGAACCAGGGUGGACAGGUUGACAUCAAGGAAAUUUAA